AUGGCUGGGAACACAGGAAAAAUUCGGUAUGGAGUUCAGGAGCGGCAGACAGCAGAGAAGCCAGGCGUCCGCGAGUCAUGGAAGACGGCGUCAAAACAAGCAGGCGCGGGGGGAACCGCAGCAGGGUUUCCUGCUGGCGCAUACAAUCCCAUAUCAGGAACGUUUCAUAAUAUCGCCGGGGUGAACCCGGAUGGUUCAGGGAAUUCGCAGAACGGACGGUAUCGGUCUUUUGAAGAAGGGGAUGACACGGCGGGAGGAACUCAGGAGAGCGAUGUUCUGUCCAACAGCGGGAGUUGUUCAGGGGAGUCGGAAGAUCAAACAGGGUUGAAAGGGCCCGGUGCCACGUCGCGAGACGGACAGCAGCAAGCCUCGGCGGCGGUCCCUGACAAGAAGGACAAGAUACGGGCCAAGAACGAGAAGAAACACCUUAGGCAAAAGGAGAAGAAGGCUCAGGAGUUGAGGGACAAGUGCACUGGGUUUCUCACCGCUCGGAAGCUCGAGAGUCUGGCGGAGCAGCUGGUAGCUAUGGGUUUUUCUAAGGACAAGUGCACGAUUGCGCUUAUCUGCAACGACGGCAACCUGGAACGGUCGGUCACGUGGUUGCUCGAGGGGCAGGAGAGCAACGUUCGAGACGCGAGCUCCGUGGGGAAUUUGAAGCUGGAUGUGUCGGAGGAGUUGGCGCGCAUGGCGCAGAUGGAGCGCGUGGAUGGGUACAACAGGACCGACAUCGAACGCGCUGUUGUGGCGUUCGAAGGGGACUUGGACAAGGCCGCUGUGUUUUUGCGGGAGAAGCACCGCGAGACGUUGGCCCAGCAGCAGCAGCAGCAACAGCAGCAGCAGCAACAGCAACAGCAGCAGCUGCAGCAGCAAGCGCAGCAGCAACAGCAGCAGCUGCAACAGCAAGCGCAGCAGCAGCAGCAGCAGCAACAGCAGCAGCAGCAACAGCAGCAGCAGCUGCUGCAGCAGCAACAGCUGCAACAGCAGCGUAGGGAGGCAGGUACCGUGAUAGCUGGCGUUGGCGUGUCCGCAGGCCCCACGAAGUUCUUAGGCAGAGGCGUUCCUCCAACGGGCGGGUUGUCCGGACCAGCAGGUCCUGUUGGCUAUGGCUACGGGCAUGGUCACGGUCAGGCGUCGGCUCAUCCCGGCGCUCAAAUCGGACAGCCUGCGCUGAUGGCGGCGGGCAUUUACCCUGGCCCGCCUGGUAGUGGGCUGAUGGGGAAUGCUCAAGAUAGAGAGGACGAUAGGCGCUAUGUCAACGGCCAGCACGUCGGUGGUGCGACGCACCAUCUCCCUCAGCAGCAGCAGCAGCAGCAGCAGCGCGUGCUUCCUGGCAUGGGAUCGUCCGCGCACCGGCCGCUACAGCAGGGGUCAGUAGAUUCGGGAAAGAUGGUCGGAAACGCCGGGCCGUACGCAAUCAGAGCUGGUGCGGGGAUGGGCUUGGGAGGUCACCCGCAGGCCGCAUUUGCGAAGCACCAUGUGCAGCCGCCGCACCUGGCUCAGUCCGCUCCGCAGCAGCAGGUGCCGCACCAGGCGCAGCAGGUUCAUGGCGCACAGCAGCUCUACGGUCAGCAUCCGCAGCAGCAUCAACAGCAGGCAAUGCUCAUGCAGACCCAGGCUCAGCAGAAGCAGAUGCUCGCGCAGUCGCAGCCGCAAGGCCUUUCCCAACCGCAAGGGCCAUACUCGCAGCAGCGACAGGCGCAGGUUCAGCCGCCGCUGCAAGUCCAGCAGCAUCAGGCGCCGCAGCAUUCUCACGCCCAGCCGCCAGGGGAGCAGGCCUCGUUGCUGCAUUUGCAGCAGAAGCAGCAGCCUGGCCCCGCAACGAAACAACAGCAGCAGCACUCGCGUCAACCGCAGCCUAUUCCGCAGCAGCAGGCGCAAGCGUCGCAGGAAGCGCAGAAGCAACGCGAGCAGAAGCAGCGGAAUACGCACGAACCGGCGCAAGUGCAGGGCGCUCAAAAGCAGGAAAAGAAGCAGUCGCCUGCCACGACGCAGGGGCGGCAGCAAGCGGGCGUCGUAUCCCAGCAGCAGCAACCGCAGCAGAACCAGAGUCAGUCUUGGGAGGAUGCUGGCACAGCCCGUGGUACCGUCGGUCUUUCUGAGAAGCAAAAGCAGCAGCAGAACGUCGAGAAAGAGCCGCAGGGGCCAAUACCUGCGGGUCUUGGUCAGGCGUCUGGAGCGGGUCCGGGUGGGCAGGUCAGGCGCUCACCUGACGCGCACACGCAGCAGGCUGCCGCGGAGUUAGCUGCAGUGUCCUCGCAACUUAGUGGAAUGGGUGUGAGCAGCUUCCAGGCAGGGACUAACCAGGUGGUAACUGCGCAGGAUCCGUCUUCCAUUGCCAAGGGUGGGCUUUCAGGGACGCCGGGAGUGAGUCCUCCACCAGGUAACUUUGUGGCAGCUCAAGCAGCUAGUCUGCAGCAGCAGCAGCAGCAGCAGCAGCAGCAGCAGCAGCAGCAGCAGCAGCAGCAGCAGCAGCAGCAGCAGCAGCAGCAGCAGCAGCAGCAGCAGCAGCAGCAGCAGCAGCAGCAGCAGCAGCAGCAGCAGCAGCAGCAGCAGCAGCAACAGCAGCAGCCACAGCCGCAGCAGCAGCAGCCGCCGCAGCAGCAGCAGUCACAGCAUCAGUAUCAGCCGCAGCAACCGCAGCAGCCGCUUCCGCCAAUGCAGCAGGAGCAGCAGCAGCAGUUAAGGCCACUGGUUAGUGGUUCGCAGCAUCUGAAUUCCGGGUUUGGUGUUGCAAGCAACUCAAACGCGCUGCUGCCAACGGCGGGUGUUCCAAUUGCCUUCGGCCUGCUGAGCGGCCUGGGCGUCGCAGGUGGUGCGCAUGUGCGCCACUCCGCGGCCCCCAUGAUGCAGGCGCCUUCUCUGGGCUGGUCCGCUGCGGGUGCCAUUCCGCGUGGGCCCGCGGUUAUGGCUGGUGGGCCGCACGCGCUGUCCGAUGGAACUUGGAAGGGGCCCAUGGAAGCUGGUGCGGGUCUGCCUGCUACUCAUUCCGCGCCCAGCAUCUUUCCGGGCUUGGACCCUACCUCUGGUCUUCCCAUGGGGCUGGCUGCAAGCGCUGUGGCCUUCACUCCUGGUCAGCCGUACGUGCAGCAGAGGGCCGGGCCUGCUGGUGUGGCGAUUGGGUCGCGACAGAUGGGGGGUGUAGGCAGUGUCCCCCUGGAGUCCACUGCUUCUGGUGCCUCGUCUGGCCCGUCGUCCGAAUUGAUCCCACCCUGGGGCGCGUCCACCACUCUUGCUUCUGUUGACUGGAGCCUGUCCGGUGCGCCACUGGCCUCCCUCUCAACCCUCUCUCCUGCGCCUGAUGCUCCUGCAAGGGCUGCUGCAGCUGGGGCGCUGAACGCGGGAGGGUUUGGUGUGCCGGGCGCAGGAGGUAGCGGUGCGUUUGGGAGGCCCGUGGCUGCGGCUACAGGCGGGCUGCUUUCUGCUGGGGGAGUGGCGACCGGCUCAGGUACGGCAGCUCUGGUCAGUAGCAUUCGUUCAGUAGACUGGAGUGUGUCGGGGUCCCUUUCAAACGCCAGCGGAGGGAAAGUUGGUGUGGGAGGGGUUCUGGGAGGGGGUAUGGGGAUCUGGGGUGGUGGGACGUCUGGCUUUGCUGAUCAAAGCGUGUCCAGUGGGGCUCUGGGCGGUCUUGGGGGGGGCAGUGCAGGGGGCAUGCCUUCAAGCUCGGAGCCUGUUAGGGCGUAUGAUCUGUGGGGCCGGUCUGCCAUUGCCGUGCCAAGCUCUGUGGGCACUGCCUGGCAGCAGCAGCAGCAGCAACAGGGCGUCCCGUGGCAGCCAGAUUCCAGCAAGGAAGGGGAUGGAGGGGGCACUAAGGAGCACACAGGUGGGGUGGCGGAGGCGAGGGCAGGGCAGCAGGUUAAUGGGGGCGGGGAUAAGAAGGCUGCUGAUGCAGUGGAGGGGCAGGAGAAGGGGAGUGAGGCGCAGAAGACAGAAGUUGUUCAGGGGGGGCAAGAUGGUCAGGAAGGUGGGCAUGAGGAGCAGCGCAAGGGUAUGGAGCAAGGAGGUGGGCAGGGUGGGGAGGAGCAUGAGGCGGGUGAGGUUGGGCAGCAGGCAGCGGGCCCCGCAGCUGAAACCCAAGGGGACCAGCAGCAACGGACCGCGGCAACAGCAGGAUGGCAGCAGAAGUCUGGGUCGGAUGUUUCUCAGUUGAGUGGAGGUCCGGGAGGCAGCAAUGUACAGGAGUGGACGUCUCCUUUUGCCGGCAAGGAUUUUACCUCUCUUUUGCAUUCUGCCGUUCCUCCCCAGUUUUAG